CUCUCUCUCUCUCUCUCUUUGACCUGAUCUGGGAAUAAAAUCUGGAGGCAAGAAUGACCCAUUAAACAAUUGAGAUUUGGUGGCAGUGUUGUGAGAGAUGGGAGAAAAAUGGAACCACAUGCAGAUUCUGGAGUGUGCAGAUGAACCGCCAUUAAUGCUCUUCUGAUCUCAUGACCUAAUUAUUUAUUGAUACGCCGUCUCUUCAAGAAAUCGCCAGGAAAUAGAUUAAAAUAAGCGGAGUAUGGUAUGGUUACUUAUUUUCUCUUCUCACACACACAGCUCAACGACGAGACGUGUGGAGAAAGCGUAUUGACUUUAGACAGGAACCGCGUGUUGAUCUCCAUGUGAGAAACCAGACACCCAAGUCUUUUUUUAAUACAGAGAGAGAGAGAGAGAGAGAGAGAGAGAUUUAUCAUCGAAAUCGCGGACACGAUAAAAAGGGGCAUUGGAUUGGGUCCGGUCCUUCACUUCUCAAGUCGAAGCUUUUUGUCUUGUCUUUUGGGCAUCUGGGUAAAGCUUUCACGAUCCUUUAUCACUUUUUGUCUGUUUCCUCUGGUAAUCAUACGAUUCUCUAUUACUUCAUCUUUAUCCAUUACACAGUUCUUCGAAGUGGGUAAUUGUUGAAUUCUCUGUACUUUCGAGAAAUUUGUGGUAAAUUGGUUCUCGUCAGCUUCGCGUCUCCUUCCGCCACCUGUGUCUUCUGUUUUUGUCUUGUUGUCUCUUCGAGUUUGUCCGAAUCCCUUUCGUCAAUUCAAUAUCAUCUUGAAUCCAGAAGCUCGAAUCUUGCUCUUGAAUAUCAACCACUAUUUCCCUUUUCCUUUUUUCCGGGAAAAGAUUGAAGGAAUUCUCGAAUUCGUUUCUGAGUGUUCCGCUCCUCAGCAGCCAUGGCUUCUUCUACGGCUCAUCAUGCCAAGGGAAAGUUCAGGAGGUCUGCUACAAAGAAAUCACACUCAUGGUGGUGGAAUAGUCACAUCAGCCCCAAGAAUUCAAGAUGGCUUGCAGAGAAUCUCGAGAAGAUGGACGACAGUGUGAACCGCAUGCUGAAGCUGAUUGAGGAAGAUGCCGACUCUUUUGCCCAAAAGGCUCAGAUGUAUUACCAGAAGAGGCCUGAUCUGAUCCACCUCGUCGAGGAAUUCUACCGCAUGUACCGUGCCUUGGCCGAGCGUUACGAUCAUGUCACCCGCGAACUCAGCAAGAACCUUCCUCCUUCUGAGCCUGAUUCGGAGGGCUCACUCCAUAGUCUGAGUCGACGUCAAUCUGGUCGGCCUGAGCUUGAGCCUGAGCCUGAGCCUGAGCCUGGUCACAGCCCCGAAAAUGAGGGAGAGUCUUCAUCUUUGACAGAUUCAGCUUCCAAUUCCGAUUCUGAUUCUGAAUCAGGAUCGGUUUCUGAUGACUACGAGGUGUUGAAUCGGAGGAUAGCUGAGCUGGAGCUUGAGCUUUCUGAGACAAAACAGAAGCUCCUCAUGCAACAGGAAGUCAAUGAAGAUGUCUCAGCAGGUGGUUUCAAUAGCGAUAACGCUGUCGGUGAUCAAGUUGCCAUGUACGAGAGAGAGCUUAGAGAAGCUAAUGAGAAGCUUCAGAUCUAUGAAGAAGAGAUUUCAAAGCUGAAGAUUGAGCUCCAGAGCUGCAAUUGCAAAUCCUCUGAAAUCCUCAAUGAAGGGAGUCUGGAUUCGGAUAGAGAGGUGACUGAAGAUGCAGCCUCAUCAAAGGUUCAGUUCUUCGAGGAAGAGCUGAGGAUAGCGAAAGAGAAGCUCCUGCAUUUCGAGGAAGAGACUUCUUGUCUGAAGAACGAGCUCGAGAUCAGUAACGAGAAGCUUCAGAGCUUUCAAUAUAAGCUCGAGUCGGCUCAAAGGGAGGCCGCCUCCUACAAGAACAAGCUCAAUGCAGAGAAAAGGGAAGUGACAAAGUUGCAGGAGAGGAUAGCAAUGUUGAAAACCAGUCUACAAGACAAAGAUUACGAGAUCAGGGCGCUGAAAACAGCGGUUUCCGAUGCAGAACAGAAGAUUUUCCCGGAGAAGGCUCAGAUUAAAGCCGAGAUGUCGAAGCUGCUGGAAGAACGAACCCUUUUGGGGGAGCAACUGAAAGAGCUGGAGUCGCGUGGGCGUUCGAUGGAGGACGACGUAAGGAGAAUGGCCAACGAGAAAGCCGAGAUGGAGAAGAGACUCACGGGAGAAACCGAGAAGCUGAACACUGAAAUGGCUGAAAGGAAGAGUAUCAUCCAUAACUUAAGAGAGGAGAACAAUGGGCUAAGAGGAGAGAUUGCUGGUAUGAGAGAAGGAGUCAGGGAGAGAGAGAGGAAGAUGGAGGGAAUGGGGAAGCACCUGGAGGAGCUGCACAUGGAGCAGGUGAGGCUAAGAGGACGAGCCAAGGAGCUGGCGGAGGAGGCGGAGAGAACGAGGGCGGCGGCCUUAGAGAUGGCCGAGCAGAAGAGAGAGGCCAUCCGGCAGCUGAGUGUAUCUGUGGAUCAUUACAAAGACGGGUACUUGAGACUUCGGACGGGCAUUUCAGCCCGAGGGCUUAGCCAUUCGAGGGCAGUUGCAGACGGACGUAUCGUUGGCGAAGGAGAAUGA